AACAGGAUCAAGUCGCUCCAUUUGCAACGGGCCAAUCCAUGAGCACGGCACUGUCAUUCAUCGUCUUCACUCCUCCAACGAAGCUCAACAAUGGCUCGAACAUCUCAAAUUCGCCUUUCUCCCUCUUCAGGAGCACCAAUUUCAUGGCCAAACACACUCCAUCAUCGUUGCUAAUGGCGAAUUCAGUGCGAAUCAACGCAUCCUCUACCAUCGGUGGACCAAUUGAGGCGGCGGAUGCUUCGCCAGCCGGGUUCCUCGGAGCCAACGACUUGCUCAUAGUAGGGCCGGGUGUUUUAGGCCGUUCGGUUGCUCAGAAAUGGCGGGAGGAGAAUCCAGAUUGUCAAAUUGUUGGCCAGACAGUGACAGCAGAUCACCACAAGGAGUUGAUUAAAAUUGGGAUCAAUCCAUCGUUGAAGGGAACGAAGCCAACUCAUAAGUUUCCCAAUGUGAUUUUUUGUGCUCCUCCAUCCCGAACCCUAGACUAUCCUGGUGAUGUUAGGGAAGCUGCAUCAAGCUGGAGUGGUGAAGGUUCUUUCGUAUUUACUUCAAGUUCUGCACCGUAUUAUUGCAAUGACAAUGGAUCAUGUGAUGAGGACAGUCCAGUAGUUCCAAUUGGCAGCAGUCCUAAGACAGACAUCCUUUUAAGAGCAGAAAAAGUAGUACUGGAGACUGGUGGUUGUGUUCUCAGAUUAGCAGGACUCUACAAAUCAGAUAGAGGUGCACAUGUUUAUUGGUUGAAGAAAGGUACAGUUGAUGCCCGUCCAGAUCACAUCCUCAAUCUUUUACACUACGAGGAUGCAGCUUCCCUAUCCGUAGCAAUCUUGAAGAAGAAACUUCGGGGACAAAUAUUCUUGGGUUGUGAUAAUCAUCCUUUAUCCAGGCAGGACGUAAUGGACCUGGUCAAUAAGAGCGGGAAAUUUAGUAAGACGUUUGAAGGUUUUACAGGCACUAGCGGUCCCCUGGGCAAGAAACUAAACAAUGAGAAAACUCGCAAGGAAAUAGGAUGGGAGCCGAAAUAUUCAAGCUUUGCUCAGUUCCUUGGGGUAUCAGCAUAGCUACUGAUUGGAUUUUGUAGGAUAUAGCUCAGAUGGAUUGUCAAGAUUUAAGGGUGUUCUUAGUAGAUUGGUUUUGUCCAAUCUUGGCCAUUUGGUAGUUUUGCUAUUGUACAGAAUCAGGGCAUGCAUACUAGGGUCAUGGUCAAAGAAUAACAAAAACAAUUCUUUGGUGAUAUUCUGAAUUACAUUGGCUGAUGGAAGUGGACAGAAUUUUGGACAAAAAUGAAAUUGAGCUCGGGCACUGAUUUCAGUUUA